AUGCUACACGAAACGUUUCAGCACCAGAUUGGUUGCAAAAACUUUCACAAGCGACUUCAUGUUCUUACUGUCACUUUUCUGCUGCUAUCAACUACAGUGUGCUUCAUGGGCCUUGGAGAGACCAUGGUUUGGAUGAGGAUUCGUAAAGUUGCUCCGGACUUGUGUGAUGAGACGAAAAUGGAUUGCAAAAGUAUCAGCCCUUCUAUUUUCUUCGGCGCUGCUGCUUUCAUCCCUCCAAUUUUAUCCUUCUGCGUUAUCCAGGGCUAUACGGAGCGCGUUCGCCUGUCGCUCAUCAUUUUCAUCGGCGUGGCAGCCACCUCUGUCGCGUCUGCACUAGCUCUUACGCUCUUCUCAACCCUCAAAUUGACAUCGAUGCUGUCGCUUAAUUUGGCGCUGUGCGAUCUACCAGGCGAAGAAUCUGAGCUAAUGGAACAAGUCAAUUUGAAGACGAGUUUCAGACGACAAUCCAAUUCUGACAUGAUCAUUGAAGUCGACACCGUUGAUAAAAUUUACCAAGGCUGUAGCGAGAGCAACGUGUACGCCGCUUAUAUGACAUGGAUCCUCAUUCUCGAGCUUGUUCUCGGAAUCUCCCAACUACUUGUCGCCCUAGUUUCGGUAGUAGUCGUCACGACGAACAAACCACUCAAUGGGAUGAAGAAACGGAUGACAAACACGAUCGGAAGGUUGAAAUCGAUGAAGCUUGCAUGUGGAUGUUCAAUGAAUACUUUUGAAGAGAAGGAUAGCGAUUAUCCAGUCUCAAGAGUCAACUAUGGAUUCAGGGACUUUCACGGCACGCUCGAAAAAGUGACAAAUAAUGUCGAUGACGAUCAAUUCUUAUCCCAUUUGGAAUCGCUGCCGACCAAGUUCACGCGAAGCACCCGGGGAAGCAGUAAAAGCACCUCAAGUGGCAGCACGGUCAGCUCCGUCCUCACCGAUGCAUAA